AUGUCAGCACACACCGAAUCAACUAUUAACCGCCGAUUUAUCAAAGGGAUAACGGUUGUCGGUAGUGUGAAAGUAGAAGAAAACUCUUCAGUUACUGAGGAAACUAUAUGCCUCAGUUCAAAGGAUUUCCCUUCCAUAUGCAGGCUGUGCUUAAGAAGGGACAGAUUAGUAAAACUCAAAGAUCAUCUACAUCUAACAGAUGUAAUAAGAAAUAUAACAAAUAUUCAGGUUGCCCGCUUUGAUGGUUAUCCCCAACAAAUAUGUGAAGUUUGCAUACUCCAAUUGGAGAAUAUUCUGGAAUUUAUUGAUACCACCAGGAACUGCAAUGAAAGUUUGCAGAAAAUCAAAGAAACAACUGAUGAAAAACGCCAUAUGUGUACAUUAUGCCCCAAAUCGUUUUCAAGGAUUGGUGCCCUAAAAAGGCAUUUGGAAUGCCACAAUUUGGUCCAAAAAUACAGAUGCAACAUUUGCAGUAGAGGUUUUGGAAGAAGAAGUAUUUUGACUCACCACCUCACCACUCAUACUCCUGACAAACCUUUUUAUUGCACUGUUUGUUCUCGAGGAUUUGCUUUGAAGGAAGAACUGGAAAAACAUAAAAGUAAGCAUGGGGCACACAAGCCAUUCCACUGUGAAGUUUGUCCGAAAAAAUUCGGCAAUAUGCAAGAACUGAGGCAGCACACUAGAUACCACACAGGCCAGAAGCCUUACAGCUGCCAACUUUGUAAUAAGAGGUUUUGUCAGCUUGGCCAUUUGAAUUUACAUGUGUCCACCCAGCACAAGACAGAUGGUGCAGUUUCAGAAGAUGCAGUAAUGGAAGACAUUGAAACAGAGGACAUUUUCAUAGAACACAUAAAAGAUGAGGAAGAAACAGUUGAUGAAACUGAGCUCUUGAUGGCAAAUACUACAAAACAAUUGAUAGAAUUGGAAAAUGAAGUGAGCCCUGAUGAACCUGGAUCAUCUGAUAGAGGGAGAAAUGUAGAUCUUCCUGUCUGUGCAAUUUGUUCUAAUAGAUUUGAGGUGUGUUUUAGUGAAGAUAAAUGA